UGGAGUGGGGGCCGGCGCCCGUGCUCGCGCACGUACUCGCUCGCACCGUCCGCCCACCACUGACCCCUUUCUAUCUAUAACUACCCGCCGUGGCCUCGCGAGUUGGACGCUACUAGUACGCUGCCAAACAGCAGAGCAGAGCAGAGCAGCACGUCCCCUUCCGGAACGGAAAGGAGCAGAGCGAUCCACCCCUGCCCCUGAGUCCCCGACCCCUUUGUGGGCGCGUGCGUCCUUGUCCCGCCCCCCUCUCUCUCUGGCCAUGGCGAUCCACCGCGCCUGCCUCCCCAUCGUCGCCGUGUUUCUUGCGAUCCUCUGCCGCGCCGAGGCGGCCGUGAGGGAGCUCAAGGUCGGGUACUACGCCGAGACGUGCCCGGAGGCCGAGGAAAUCGUCCGGGAGACCAUGGCCCGCGCGCGCGCCCGCGAGGCCCGCAGCGUCGCGUCCGUCAUGCGCCUCCAGUUCCACGACUGCUUCGUCAACGGGUGCGACGGGUCGGUGCUGAUGGACGACACGCCGACGAUGCUCGGCGAGAAGGAGGCGCUGUCCAACAUCAACUCCCUGCGUUCGUUCGAGGUCAUCGACGAGGUCAAGGAGGCGCUGGAGGAGCAGUGCCCCGGCGUCGUCUCCUGCGCCGACAUCGUCGUCAUGGCCGCCCGCGACGCCGUCGUCCUGACCGGUGGGCCCAACUGGGAGGUGAGGCUUGGGCGCGAGGACAGCCUGACGGCGAGUCAGGAGGACUCGGACAACAUCAUGCCGAGCCCGCGCGCCAACGCGAGCGCGCUCAUCCGCCUCUUCGCCGGCCUCAACCUCUCCGUCACAGACCUCGUCGCGCUCUCCGGAUCGCACUCCAUCGGCGAGGCCCGCUGCUUCUCUAUCUUCUUCCGCCUCUACAACCAGUCCGGCUCCGGCCGGCCGGACCCAAACAUGGACGCCACCUACCGCGACAAGCUCGACGCGCUCUGCCCCAUGGGCGGCGACGAGGAGGUCACCGGCGGCUUGGACGCCACCCCUGUUGUCUUCGACAACCAGUACUUCAAGGACCUCGUCGGCCUCCGCGGCUUCUUGAACUCCGACCAGACGCUCUUCUCCGACAACGCCAGGACCGGGUGGGUCGUGAAGCGUUUCAGCGGGGACCAGGACGCCUUCUUCAAGGCCUUCGUCGAGGGGAUGAUCAAGAUGGGCGAGCUGCAGAACCCCAGGAAGGGGGAGAUACGGCGCAACUGCCGCGUCGCCAAUGGCUCGCCGCCGCCGCCGAAUGAGGCGGUGGCCCGCGUCGUGGACUUCUGAGCUCCGGUAGCUGCUUCAGAAGAGCUCUCUGAUAUGGUAGUGAUGUGUUGAUAGGGUUUUGAACUUCUGAUCCUGUGUAAAUUUUGCACCUAUAUAUGAUAAUGGUGUCAGAUUCA